AUACUACCAGUAUUGAACAAGACUUAGCCAAUAGUGAAGAAGAUAAUAUUAGAAAUUUGAUCAUAGAUCUAACAAUGAAAUUUCCAGAUCCAACAAUUGAACAGGAAUUAAAUGGAUAUAUCAAGUUUAACAAUAUGCAAAUACCUACAGAGGAAGCACUUAAUAAAAUGCAAAUCAUUGAAAUCAUAUUGGGUGAAUAUCAGGAAUAUAAAAAGGAUAAUUCUAAUGAUACUGAUAAAGAGCUGCCUGAAAUUUCUAUUUUGAAAGGAUUGAUUGGAUUAAAGAAAUUUGUCAAUUUUUUUGAGUAA